GGUUGGCAAGAACCAUUUCUUUCAUUACAGCAAAUAGUAGUCGGUUCACAAAGGAAUUAGUUAUGAAUGGCCCUCUAUCACCCUAUGCGAGUUCCUUGGGCAACGAAGCGAAACAACGGUAUUACAAGAAGCUGCUUUAUAAUGGCGAAACGAAAACGUUGCCAGAUCCAUACAUUUUAACUGAAAAAUGGAGCACGAAUCCCAGCAACUGGCCAGAUUUGACUUUUGGUGAUAUUUACCUGUAUUUAAUCGACACGCCGUCCAUUUACAACAAAGAUUCCAUGAAAGCCUACAAAUCGUUGGAGGCAUACAAGCAUGUUGUUAGUGGGCAUGUGCAGGUUGUGCUGUCGAAUCCAGUGGACGAUAAAUGCCCAUUCAUGGCAAUGAAAGCAAAGGGGACUCCUUCACAGAGAGCGAGAGACAAGCCCCAUGACCCAUGGAUUUACUUGGAGAAAAACAGUGGCACAGUUUACUGUGCACAUUGUACCUGUAUGGCCGGCUUAGGUGAAGUGUGCAGCCAUGUUGGAGCACUCUUGUUUAAGAUUGAGAUGGGUGUCAAGAUGGGCAUGACUCAAACCAGCUCAACUAGUGAGGCCUGUCAGUGGAAUAGUACUUUCCGAAAAGAGGUAAUUUGAGCAGAAACUUUCAUGGUUGGAUAUUUUAUAUUUGAUUGAUUGCCUGAGGGCUGCAAUGUAUCUGAAAUGUUAUAGCCUAGCAACAUGUUAUGCUUUUACCAUGAACUAUAGCAUAUGAUAGCCCACUGGGCUUACAACCUUUACAUUAGUGUUUGCUGGGUCAUAUAUCUGGUAAGCCCCAGGCAUUUUACAAACUAUGUUGUUAAGGUAUAAAUAUUUGGUUAAAAUAUAGUAUUGUUUGUUUUCUUUGAUAUUGGAUUUACAAUGUAUUCCUCAUGUCUUUGUGGGUCAUAAAUGAAUUGUUUACUUGCGAACUUGAAAACCGGACUGUAUCUACAUCAAGCAUUAAGCAAGUUGACAAUGGUGAUCAGACAUGGUGUAUCUGUUCCGAACUGGAAUAUGGUAGGAUGAUUAAAUGUGACAAUCACGA